AUGAAGAGUCCUGUCCUAUCACAGAGUAGUGGGGAACAGAAGCUGGAGGAAGGGCUGGAACGGGGCCUGGACGACCAGCCGCUGCGGCGCCAAAACGACCUUGGUCCAGAAACAGGCGUCGCAAAACCGGUAACAGCCUGCUUCCACUGCCGGGCAUUGCGACAGAAAUGCGACCGGAAGUUGCCGUGCUCCCGCUGCUCAGCCCGACAAAGGCCGUGUCGCUAUCCGUCUGGUUCUAACCGUGGCCGGAAGCCCAAUACGGCCAUAAGCCACUCAGUCUCGGUCGACAAGCUCCUGUCCCGCAUAAGCGAGACUGCUGAGCGAGAUCAGGUGGUCGCGGCCCUGCUUGACUUUGCUGGCGGCCAGUAUCAGGACAUCCAGCGGAAUGCUGCUGCUGUCGCUGCUGCUACCGCUGCUGCCGCCUCCUCACCGCCGCCGGCUGCACUCGGGGCAGACAAGGAUGGUGCAGACGCGAGCCCGCCCGAUCGCCGGGAAACCCGUUCUCUCUCCCCGAACCAUCAUCGCCAUUCAGGGAGCUACUCCCGACCACCUCAUGCUGCCGGCACCGCGUCCGAGCCCGAGUUCCAGGCCUCCCUUGUGUCCUCCUUUCAGAUCGUCGCUGCGGCCAUCGCGGCCGAUUCGGCCUCCUUUCACCAAAGUCCGGGCUCGCCGGUCAUGUCGGCCAUCCGGAGUCGCAAGGAUUUUGUAGACGAGCGCCUGGCGCGGUAUUUUGCCACACAAAUCACACAGCAAAAAGACUGGCAGGUCUUGGCUGGCCAAUCUAUCGACAGUCCUCUGAAGCUGGAGACGUCGACGUGCGACCCCGUGGCAGCCCGGUUGAUCGAUCACAACGAUGUCACGCGCUAUUUCCAGUUGUUCUUCAAGUACCGCAGUCCACUCAUCGGGAUUCUGGAUCCUGCCCUGCACACGCCCGAGUAUGUACAUGAGUCCUCCUUUGUCCUCUUCUCGGCUCUCUGCGCCCUCGGAUGUGCCGUGUCCGAUCGACCUCGUGACCGCGUCGUCUAUCCGGCACUCAUGUCUCUGGCCGAGGGAAACAUGAAGUGGGCCAUCGCGGUCUGCGUCAAAUCGCUCGAGAUCAUCCAGGCCAUCAUCUGCAUGCAGUACUGGGCGCCCGUCUGCCAGAAGCAGUCAGACGACCCGUACUGGCUGCGCCUGAGUCAUGCUGUUCAGCUGGGACGCGAACUCGGCAUCAACCGAUCUGCCGUGAUAGCUGAGCACGUCCAGGCCAUUGCUGGAAAUGAGAGUGCCGAGUUCAGGGAGCGCCUUGUGCGUGACUUUGAGCGGACUUGGCUCUGUACCUUUAUGUCUGAUAAGAGCUUUGGCCUGAUCACGGGCCGGUCCAUGGGGGUCUCCCUCAAGGAGAUCCCUGCAUCUGCAGGCGAGUGGUGGCGGAAGCCCAUGACUGCGCCCUACGACCGCGUCCUUAGCGGCAUUGUCGAGCUGCGCGGGCUCUUUCUCAACGCGAUGGAGCAGCGAAAGAACGUCGAAGACACCCUGUCAGCCAUCGCCCAAUGGCACUCGCAGGCCUACCAGACUCUGGAGCAGACCCGCAACGCCCGGUGUCUCCCAGACAACUCGCCGUCCGCCCAGUACAUCCCUCUGCUGUGCUUCUACCUGGACCAUAGCAUCAUGGUGCUCAACGCCCAGGCUCUGCGCGAUAUGGUGGCCAUUGACCAGACUGGCGGCUCGCCCGAGCUGAUGGAGCUGUCCGCAAAGACCUUUACCGUGGCCAGCCGGCUGCUCGAAACCACGCUGCACAACGAGGUCCUCCAAGAAUUCAAGGUCGGCUUUCACAACAACCAGCUGAUCAUGGUCUGCCAUGCGGCCACUGAGAUCCUCGGCGCCAUACAGCGCACCGGACUGUCGCUCGACCAAGUAGCACAGGCUGCAGCACAGGUCCGUGCCAUUCCCGGCCAUCUCGAUAAAGUUGCGGCCAUGCUGCCAGCCACAUCGGCGACACAUUUGUACGCCAGCCUCUCUAGAUUUUUUGUCAGCCAGCUGGAUCGCGUGGUGCGCAAUACCGAUACAAUAGGCCAAGACGAGCGCGGCGAGCAUGACCAGGAUUCGCUUCUGGCCGACUGGUGGAAGACCGUGGACGGCGGUCUGCUGGACACCACGACGUGGAUGGAUCUGGGCUUUCUGAGUUCAGAUCAGCAUGGGAUUAGUCAGGAAUGGUCCAUGUUCCCAUAA